CCUAAUGACUGGGUGCCUCCUCCAGACUGGGAACGCCCACCCCAUUGGAGACCUGGCCCCCCCAACAUGGGUCCCAGAGAGCCAUGGGGACCAGAGCCAGUCCCUCCACCUGUACCGAUUCCCCCAGUCCUGCCACCUGUUGUCCCAGUAGGGCUUCCUCCUCCGGAUCCCUCAGCCGUUCCUCCAGUGGCUCCUCCUGUCUGUGUGCCUCCAUUUGGGUUCCCACCCUUUCCACCUCCUGUUUGGACCGGAGAGCCCAUUGUGGAGGAACCGAUGCCAAACCCCCCUCCGGAUCAGCCUGAAUGGAUCAAAGCUCUGAUUUCUGCACCGCCUUCUGACGUCUCUUCUGCUGAGCCUAAAAAAGAAUCUGAAGCAACUACAGUCACCAACGUUUUGUUCCCAGCUCCGCCCGCUGCCCCUGCCCCCACACCUGUGACUGCCCCACAACCAAAAACAGAAGUGAAGAACUCUGCCAAAGCUCUGGGUCUUCUGGGAAAACGUGCAUUUGAAAGGCCUCCUCCUGGUAGAUCCAUGGGGAUCAUUUCCUUCAUUGGGCCCUCGUUUGGCUACAUCGAAAGGGAAGACCUUGAAAAGUUCACCUUCAGCUUCGAUGUCUUCUUUGGAAACCCCAGUGCCAUGACGCCUGGAGUCCGAGUCCACUUCACUGCCUGCAAAGAGAAGGCUCGUUCUGUAGCUACAGAUGUUAAAGUGGCUCCAGGUGGAACUGAGAAUGUGGACCCGGACAUCUUUGAAGCUGUAGUAAGUCAGCCCAUCUCAGAGCCUCAGCCUGGCGUGCGUCAGUACCCAGGCCAGGUGUACGUAACCAUUGGACAGGUGUGGACCAAUUUGCCGUUUGAAAGGAGGGAUAGCACAGUGACGCUGCUGAAAAACGAUCACGUCCUCAUCAAUUUGCUUACAGACAUUGUGUCUGAGAAACGGAGAGCCACCAACAUCAAACCCAAAAUUCCUUCCACCUUCAGCUCGACUAACGAGACGCGAGAGAAGGGCGUCAUUUCCAGCCUGAAAGAAAGCGAAGGCACCAUCAAGUCCGAUGAACAUGGAGAGCUUCCGUUUGAAACCAGAGAGAACUUCAGUGACAUUGGUUUUUCAGAAGAGGACAUCAACGAGGAAGUGGAGUUCACUGUGAUCACGCUGAAGGCAGGGAAAGUAGCCGUCAGGAUCAAGAGGGUGAAGGAGCCCUUGCUCCUGACGCUCUGCGGUUCCUCCAAUGAUGAGCCAGUGAGCAAAAUCUUCAACAACGAAGAGGAAUCCUUGUACACACCAAAUAACAAGGUCAAACCUACAAAUGAACUGGAACCCUACAUGGUUCUGGACACAGAGUUGUACGAAGGAAUUGUCAGCCAGCCCAUCAUCGAGCCCAAGGGUAGUGUCCCUGGUUAUCCGGGUCAGAUCCACGCCAACAUUGGCCCCCUUAAGACUAAUGUGACAUUUGACCGCCGGGACUGCAACGUGACGCUGCUGAAGAACGACCAUGUCCUCAUCAACUUGUUGAUUAACUCGAUGAACAACAAACGCCGAGCAGCCAACAUCAGACCUAAAGUCCCGUUCACCUUCAGCUACACCAAGGAGACCCGAGAACUGGGCAUCAUCGCCUCAAUAGGCAAUGAGGAAGGCAUCAUCCAGUCUGACGAGCAUGGCGAGAUUCCUUUUGAUGUUGAUGAGAACUUCAGCGAUACAGAGUUUGUAGCUGAUGAUGUUGGCCAACAGGUGGAGUUCACAACAACCACGGUAAAAUCCAGUAAGAGAGCAAUCAGGCUGAUGAAGGUAAAUAAAGGUAGUGACAUCAUCCUGCAAGAGCAGAAGAAACGUGGGGAGGAAGAGAGACGAAAAAAAGAGGAGGAGGAGGAGAGGAGGAAACGAGAGGAAGAAGAGAUGAAGAAGCAAGAGGAAGAGCAUGAGAGAGAGUCAGCGAGGAAGAAGAAGGAGGACGUGGCUGUAGCCUUGGCAGCUGCCAAAAACAAGUGGACACCAUUCGGCUACAGGAUGAGGCUCCUCGACUCUAUGUACGAAAUCAGCAAAGAAAGAUUUGAAGGCACCAUCCUUAAAGCUGUUUCCAGAAUCCCUCGUUUGGAGCUGAAGAAGAACAAAGGUGGUGCUGGGGACCUGCAGGUGUUGGUCAAACAGGUAAAGGGAUUGUGUAGCAAUCGAGGCAGAUGGCUUGAUUUGUACAAUCAGAGGCUUCUGGAGAAGAGAGAGCAGCAAUUCAAAGAGAUGAUUGCUCGUAAGAAACGGGGAGAGAUCAACGAUGGCUCGCAGGUCUCACCAGGCAAACCAAGCAGCAGUGAGCCCAUGAAUGUUUGGAUCUGCGGACAUUCACUUGUUUACUGGGCUGAGUCACGAGCCAAGUCUCCGGAGGUAGGUAUGCAGCUGGGCAUGGACCCCAGCAAGGUGACAAUUUGGUGGAAGGGCAUCCAGGGCAUGACAUGGUCUCAGCUUCUGCCCCAGCUUCACCAACUGAAGAUCACUUGGCCUAAUCCUGAUGUCCUCAUCGUCCACUUGGGUGGCAACGACCUUUGCACUGAGAGCCCCACUAACCUGCUAGCCUCUGUCAAGAAGGACCUGACCUCCAUAAGGAGUAUCUUCCCACGUUGUGUCUUGGUAUGGUCCAAUAUCCUACCUCGGAGGGUGUGGCGCCAUUCACCAGAUAGCCACGAAGUUGAUCUGGUGCGCACCACUGUGAAUCGUAGAAUCCAGAGCAUUGUGUCUGAGCUGAAUGGUGUCUCUCUGAGCCACGAUAAUAUCCGAUGUGGCACAAACACGGGUCUGUACCGGGCCAACGGCGUUCACCUGUCUCCAAAAGGAAUUGAUGUUUUCAAUCUGAACCUGCAAGAGUUUCUAGAGAAGUGGGAGUUGGAAGUGAUCUCAGAGAAGAGUGCAGAGGUGUAGGGUUCUCUGUUGUUUUUACAUUUACCAGUAAGUAGCGAGGUAGUUUCAUUAAUCUUCAUACUCAUAGUAU